UUCACAGGGGUGCACAAUGGAGUCAGACGUGCAUAGACAUGAGUGGCGUGAAUACUAGGAGACUCCCGACGCCUUCGAAAAGCGCUAGUUUGAAUACCGGUAUUAUGCAAUAACCGCACAGGUUCAAGCGCGCAGUGGCGGUGACACCGACCACAGACGACUUGACUUGAUACUGAAACAAAGUGCUGAGUAACUGCCGAGUUCACCUGCUGUGCUGUAGCACUCUUCUUUUACCAUUAGCUGCUCUUCUGACUGUCCCCUGCAAUUUUCCCAUGUCUUUGUCCGACAGAGCAGCGAAAUAAAACUCUUCCGAUCACGCCAAGGAAAAUGUCCGAUGUCAACAUACCAAAGCGCAAGGAGAAGUGUGAGAACUGCACCAAACAGUGCAACAAGAAACAGAGUGACGAUGGUGCCGACUCGCACCAGGAGAGAGUCGAAGUCAACGGACAGGUGCAUGAAGGAUCCCAGCUGUUGCUGAGUGCCUGCCUGUCCUGUGAUGGCUGUCUGUCAGAGGAGGAGAGCCUGAAGAUCUCUCAGCAGAGCCUGGAGCAAGUGGAGCGGGUUCUGGCGCUCAACAAGGUACAAUGCGGCCUUCUGGAACCUGAGAGAGUCGAGGAAGUCGUCCGGUUGCACUUUUUCAGCGAUACCUUUUUGUUACAUUGGACCCUGUUUGUUUGUUUUCUCUGUCCCCGUCAGAAGUGUGACGCGUCGAAGCACAAGGUGCUGGUGGCGUCGGUGUGUCCGCAGUCUCUGCCUUUCUUUGCCGUCAAGUUCGGUCUGGACGUCACCGAGGCCGCCCACAAGCUCUGUGGCUUCCUCAAGAGUUUAGGAGUGCAGUAUGUGUUCGACACCACUCUGGCGGCAGGCUUCAGCAUCUUGGAGAGCCAGAAGGAGUUUAUUCAGAGGUUUCGCAGGAGGCACCACGACUCCCACGCCUUGCCCAUGUUCACCUCCUCCUGCCCAGGGUGGAUCCGCUAUUCAGAGCGCGUGCUGGGCAGCCUGGUCACCCCUCACAUCUGCACAGCCAGGUCUCCUCAGCAGAUCAUGGGCUGCCUGGUCAAGGACUACUUCUCGAAACAGCAGAAGCUGAGUCCGGGGAAAGUGUACCACGUGCUGGUGGCUCCCUGCUUUGAUAAGAAGCUGGAGGCUGUCAGGGAGGAGUUCUACAAUGGCCUGCUGGAGGCCAGAGACGUGGACUGUGUCCUCACCUCAGGUGAGAUCUAUUACCUGAUGGAGCAGAGGAAGGUGUCGGUGGAGGAGCUGGACUCGGUUCCACUGGACCAUGUACUGGGAGAGGCCGGAGACGCGGCGCUGGUGAGGCACGAGGGCCGAGGCUCCGAGGGCUUCCUGGAACAUGUCUUCAAACACGCCGCCAAGGAGCUCUUCGGUCUGGACGUCCACGAGGUCACGUACAAGACCCUCAGGAACCGGGACUUCCAGGAAGUGACUCUGGAGCGUGAUGGGGAAACUCUGCUGCAGUUUGCCGCCAUCUACGGUUUCAGGAACAUCCAGACCCUGGUUCACCGGAUGAGAAAGGGACGUGUGCCCUACCAGCUGGUGGAGGUGCUGUCCUGCCCAGGAGGGUGCUUGAGUGGCCGCGGUCAGGCAGAGAGCGACGUGGACGGCCGGGUGGAUAAAGACCUUGUCCAGCAGAUGGAGGAGGCCUACAGCAGCCUGCCAGUCCGUCUGCCAGAGGUCAACCCCACCCUGCACACCCUCUACCAAGACUGGCUGCAGGGCCAGGACUCCCCGCAGGCCGGCGCGCUCCUGCACACCCAGUACAGAAGUCAGAUCCACACGCAGCCCCCGCACAUGCAGUGGUGAGGGAAGAGGAGUGUUUUGCCGUAAAGACAUAAUGGCAGUUGAAUGAGCGCUGCCUCUGGUUGAUUCCGAUUCCGCUUGGACCAUCCCAUCAGCCAUGCUGGCACCGAUGAAGGACAAGCCGAGGGCCGCGCGCUGCUCGUCCGACCAGUGAGUCUCAAUGGGUGCAUUUCUACCAUUAGGCCACAGGGGGGCGGUGCCUGUAUAUCAAAUUUGGUGGAUCUCCUGUGCCAAACCUGAGCCCGAGGAGAAACGGGGGUCCGGAGUCCAGAACACACAUUUCUCAGCAGACUGGAGCAGUGAUGCGGAUAACGGCUUCCAAAAAUAUUAAGUACAGGGUCAGCCAGUCAGCUGAUCUGAGAAAUGAGGAAAAUCCGUAGCAAGUGCAACUUCUGGUGUCAAUCUACAGAGCAAUAAGCCACCGAGGAGACGUAUGAGACGCUUUUUCAGCACGACUGGAACUCGUGAACCGAACCUGCUGAUGCUGAAUGUUCAUCAAUGUGUGUUCCAAAUGUAAACCGCCCGAUACCAAACAUGUCGCUUUACGUUGUGUUCAAGUUGUCUCCACUGUUCCUCAACAACACGUUGAUAACUGUGCAACAGUGUGGUCGUCUUCUCUCAACAGUCAAUGGAAGGCAAGGCCUACAGGUUAAAAAGGCCUUUUGAUGACUCUUAACCUGACAGUGAGUGUCUCCACCAGCCCACUGUUGAAUACUGUUGAAGUAAUUCUUUUUUUAAUGGUACAUGAUGUCAUUUGUAUUGUCACUUUGUUCCCAUUCCGCAAUCUAGUAAGUUAUAUGUUGUUUUUUUCUUUGUUUUACAAGAUCACGUGUGACAUGUUGCACACGAAAAUAUUCUGACAAAUGAGGUGUGGAUGAUGUCAUUGUUCACUGAACAGUCUCUGCCUUCUGCAGAGUGAAAACCUUUUGUGCUGCUGGUAAUCCACAAAACACCGUUUUCAUGCUAAAUUCAUUCAUUGUCAUCGUAUUUGGAUAUCUCAAAACUUCAGCAAAUUUAACCAAAACUGCCUACAUGGCUCAAUACGACGAGAGGUUAGUGAGAAAGUGUUUUUUUUUGUCAUGUGACUGAAUUGAACCUUCAACAGGACUUUGUGUGUGGCGCUGAAACAAUCUAUCGAUUCAUUGAUCAAAAAUCAAAUUUUAACACUUUUUUUUUUUUUUUAUAAUGAAAUUCUUUAUGAUUAAAAAUUGCCAAACAAGCCGGCUCCAGCUUCUCCACCAAAACUUCAAAGCUCACUCAUAACAUGUUUGCUUCAUUCAAACACGUAAAAAGGAAUGUAAUGUUUGUUGUGUUGCCGAGAGUUAGUCUUGUUAUCGCAGUAAGGUUGACGGGCAGCCAACAGAAACCCCAACUAAGAUGAGGUGAACCGGUUAUUGUUUUUCACUUUUAGCAUGAAAAUUUACUUUUCAUUCGUCUUAUAUUAACAGGUAGCAUUUACCAACCUUUAUAGAGACCAGUUUGUAGACAUGACACAAACAUGACCAGUGCUGACCUGACAUCUCUUAUAUCGAUGAAGUUUUUAUUUAGAACUCAACAGUUCCCAGAGAAACAAUGUGAUCAACGUACUCUGACCCAACCAAUGAUCCGACCCAUUCAUUUAAACAUAAUUGAGCCUUUUCGGCUUUUAAUCUGCUCAUUCACCCAUUUAGUGACCACAUUGAGCUCUAUCAGCUCCACUUAACGUCGGCCACUCCUUCGUGGUGAUUACCUGGAGAGUUUGAUGUCGCUGAUGGAAACCACCGACCACACAACCAACUGUCACUUGGCAAACAGCAGCAAGGGGCGUGCCUCCUAGAUGUCUUUGUGUUCCGUUUCAAAGAAAAAGAAUUUAUUUAAACACCAAACUAUUUACUCCCAUACAAUUUUUCCAUGAUGGCUUUCGUACGGGUUAUUUAUAUACUCAUCCGUAUCUACUCGUGUUUGAACAUGUCUGACAUCCAUCACUCAACCUCUCACUUUCACUUUCCCCUUCAGUCACUCCAUUCAGGCAUGUUUUUACUCCAGUGACAGAUUUAUGGGUUGGGAGCCAGUGUCAACCGUCAGGUUUUAGUUGUUUCUCGGAAUCAUUUGCUAAUGCUCACAUCAGAAAGAAGUCCGCUCUGAGACAGUGACGCUUGCAGAAUGUCCGGCCUGUGGUUGACCUUGAGUCUGCUCUAUGCUGCUACUUUUCUACAAAGCAGUGCCUCAGCAGAUGACUGUAUUAAUAUUGCUUGUACCAAAACAAUGUGCCUGAAGUGCAACACAACACUGACAGUUGAAGCUGGACAAGCAGUGACACUAAACUGCUCUAUAUGUCCUGAGGACUUUAAUGGUACUGAUUAUGUGUGGCGUGAAGACGGAGAUGAAAUAACUUGUGACAAUAUGAAAUACAAAUGUGAAUGGGAUAAUCACAGAUAUGUGUCGCUAACCAUCUCACAUGUUGUGGAAGACAAAGUUUACACCAUUCACAUAAACGGAAACCGUGGUCUUGAUGAAUCUGCAAUCAAAGUACAAGUUCUCAAGAUGAAUGAAGCAAUUGUAUUGGAAGUAACAACCAAGCCUCAGACGGCCACCGAUGAGAAAGCCUUCAUAUGGUUUAUUUUCAUCCCCCUCGUUGCUUCGGGCAUUUUGUUUUUCCUGUUUGGAACCAACAGAGGCAGAAAAAUAAUGAAGGCCAUCAGGAAGGAAAUGACUCAAGGAGACCAGUGACAUGAACGAUGCAACAGGGACUGAAAACUUGCUGACUGCCUGACAUUUGCUUGUCUGUGUUUGUGUGUUUUCUUUUAUUUAAUAUGUGCUGGCUGUGGAGCUUCCUGCCUCUGAAAAAAAAAAUCAUACUGACGUAUUUUUCAUAAUUCUUUGAGGUCUUUGUACAGAUUGAUCCAUGUAAAUAUAUAGCGAUCUGGUUAAAGGGGCACAUGUGUGGUUGUCCUCCUCGAGACCUGUAAACAGACUCUGAUGUGCAAAAUCGGUUUUAGAGUAAUUAACGCUCGGUGAUGUCAUUGGGGUUUAUCUCUGCUUAGGACUGCAAAAAUAAUAUAAUAAAAAGGCUGCGUUACAUGCACUGUCAUAGUCUUUGAAAAACAUUGGCAUUCAGCAGUCUAAUAAAUAGAAGAUGCUGUCGAGUUGCAUUAUGGGAAGUGUAGGCUCCAGCAUUUUUACGGAGCCUAGAUUUAUUGUACAUUUAAAAACAAGCAAUGUAAAUGUGUUAUUGUAUACAUAGUGACUGAUAUGCUGGACAUACGGUGUGUGUGUGUGUGUGUAGAAUAUAUUGGGGCUAGUAUGUUAACUCAGCCUCUGAACAUAUAACAUGUAACAGCUAUACGGGUGAUGGAACACCACUUCAAAUAA